AUGGAGUCACAUAAAAGUUUACACACUGGGGAAAAGCCUUAUGAAUGCAAACAGUGUGGCAAGUGUUUUAGGGAGACAGAAAGCCUAAGGAAUCAUGAAAGAGUUCACAUUGGUGAAAAGCCAUUUGAAUGUACACAGUGUGACAAGUGUUAUACUCGAAAAGCACAACUAAAGAUUCAUGAAAGAGUUCACACUGGGGAAAAGCCUUAUGAAUGUAAACACUGUGGCAAGUGUUUCAACCAAGCAAACAACCUAAGGAGUCAUGAAAGAGUCCACAGUCAAGAAAAACCUUAUGAAUGUAAACAGUGUGGUAAGUGUUUUCGUCAUGAUGCAGGUUUACGGGGACAUAAAAACGUUCACACCAAGUUAUUUGGAUGUGAAAAAUGUGGAAAAUGUUUUAGUGAUGCAGGACACCUAAGGAGACAUGAAAGGGUUCACACUGGGGAAAAGCCGUAUAAAUGUAAACGGUGUGGCAGAUGUUUUAGCCGAUCAGACGACCUGAAGAGACAUGAAAGAGUUCACACGGGCGAAAAACGUUUUGAAUGUCAACAAUGUGGCAAAUGUUUUAGCCAUGCAAAUAGCUUAAUGCUUCAUGAACGAGAUCACACUGGAGAAAAGCCUCAUAAAUGUAAACAGUGUGGCAAGUGUUUUAGCCAAGCAGGAAACCUAAGGAAACAUGAAAGAGUUCACACUGGGGAAAAGCCUUAUCAAUGCAAACAGUGUGGCAAGUGUUUUAGCCAAGCAGGAAGCCUAUGGAAUCAUGAAAGAGUUCACACUGGUGAAAAGCCAUUUGAAUGUAAACAGUGUGACAAGUGUUAUACUCGAAAAGCACAACUAAAGAUUCAUGAAAGAGUUCACACUGGGGAAAAGCCUUAUGAAUGUAAACAAUGUGGCAAGUGUUUCAACCAGGCAAACAACCUAAGGAGUCAUGAAAGAGUCCACAGUCAAGAAAAACCUUAUGAAUGUAAACAGUGUGGUAAGUGUUUUCGUCAUGAUUCAAGUUUACGUAAGCAUAAAAACGUUCACACUGGAGAAAAGUCAUUUGAAUGUGAAAAAUGUGGAAAAUGUUUUAGUGAUGCAGGACACCUAAGGAGACAUGAAAGAGUUCACACUGGGGAAAAGCCGUAUAAAUGUAAACAGUGUGGCAGAUGUUUUAGCCGAUCAGACGACCUGAAGAGACAUGAAAGAGUUCACACAGGCGAAAAACCUUUUAAAUGUCAACAAUGUGUCAAAUGUUUUAGGCAUGCAAAUAGCUUAAUGCAUCAUGAAAGAGAUCACACUGGAGAAAAGCCUCACGAAUGUAAACAGUGUGGCAAGUGUUUUAGCCAAGCAGUAAACCUUAGGAUUCAUGAAAGGGUUCACACUGGAGAAAAGCCUCAUGAAUGUAAACAGUGUGGCAAGUGUUUUAGUGAGACAGGAAGCCUAAGGAAACAUGAAAAAGUUCACACUGGUGAAAAGCCAUUUGAAUGUAAACAGUGUGACAAGUGUUAUAGUCGAAAAGCACAACUAAAGAUUCAUGAAAGAGUUCACACUGGGGAAAAGCCUUAUCAAUGCAAACAGUGUGGCAAGUGUUUUAGUGAGAAAGGAAGCCUAAGGCAACAUGAAAAAGUUCACGCUGGUGAAAAGCCAUUUGAAUGUAAACAGUGUGACAAGUGUUAUACUCGAAAAGCACAACUAAAGAUUCAUGAAAGAGUUCACACUGGGGAAAAGCCUUAUGAAUGUAAACAAUGUGGCAAGUGUUUCAACCAAGCAAACUACCUAAGGAUCCAUGAAAGAGUUCACAGUGGAGAAAAACCCUAUGAAUGUAAACAGUGUGGUAAGUGUUUUCGUCACAAUGCAGGCUUACGGGACCAUAAAAACGUUCACAUUGGAGAAAAGCCAUUUGAAUGUCAAAAGUGUGGAACCUUUUUUAGCCGAGCAGGACACCUAAGGAGACAUGAAAGGGUUCACACUGGGGAAAAGCCUUAUGAAUGUAAACAGUGUGGCAAGUGUUUUAGCCGAUCAGACGACCUGAGGAGACAUGGCAGAAAGACUUAUGAAUGUAAACAGCGUGGCAAGUGUUUUAAUCUCUCAAGAGACCCUAGAGUCCAUCAAAAAGUCCACAGUACAAAUAUGUCGCAUAAACGUGACAGUAGCAAUCGUUUGUGUAAGCAAACAGGAAGUAAUACCAGGUCAAAUAGGUCAAGGAUCACAGGCAAGUCACUAUCACAAAGAAAGAUUAGGGACAAGCGUAAGGAAGGCGUGAAAUCAGUCAUCAUUGAAAAACAAAGCUGUUGGAUUUGUCAAGAGGAGAUCAGUAGUCAGGCUCUUCUUCUUCGGCAUUAUGAGAAUCAUAUGAGACAUGUAGCUGAAGAAGACUCGUAAUGUUUUUGAAUGAUAUGAAAUUGUCUUGUUCAGAGUUUUGAGAUGUUGAUUUUUUGUUUUAUUGUAGUUGGUACCUUGCUUUUGUCAAUUGAACGCUUUUUUGUGUCGUAAGUAUGUGGAAUGUGCUCGUCCGGGU